CCUGCCCCUUAGGCAGGUGUAGCCAAUUGGCGUCGAGGCUGUGCCCCGCCCUCCCAACCCCCGCGGGGCCCUAAGGCGCAUGCUCUCCGGGUAGGUUUCUGGAUGCUGUGAGACUCCGGGCUCGGGCUUGGAUCUUGUCCGCAGCAUGUCGGUGAUCUUCGCUCCGGACUGGUUACGGGGCAAGGCCAAGGUCAACCAGGAGACCAUCCAGCGGCUCCUGGAGGAGAAUGACCAGCUAAUCCGCUGUAUCGUGGAGUAUCAGAACAAGGGCCGCGCGAACGAGUGCGUGCAGUACCAGCAUGUAUUACAUAGAAAUCUCAUUUAUUUAGCAACUAUAGCAGAUGCCAACACAACCAGUCUUUCAAAGGCGAUAGACUAAUCUUCCAGGUGGCUGAUACAAGGAGUUAUUGAAUGGAAUCCAUCUCCUAUGAAUCCAGACAAGACUAUUAUGAACUCAGCUGUUCUGUGAUUCUUUUUAAAACAUGAAGAAAGCUAUAAACUUUACUGUAUCCUCAAUGUAAAUAGUUUAGUAAUAAAACAGAUCCCUCAAUAAAACUGUAGGACAGUAAGGUCUGUGACAAUAAUACCAUUAUCAUUGUCAAAAUUAAUAGUGAUUCUUAAUUAUUGAAUAUCAUGUGAUAAUAAAUCAUGCACUUUUCUUCAGUAUCA